CUAUGGUUUAGCGCGAAAAACCAAGUCAACACAACUAACCUCGAUUUUUUAGUAUAUCUAAAAGGUGGAAUUUGUAAUAAAGGAAACAUCACUUAAGAUGAAAAAAUCUGCUCCGAAAGCUAAAGGGAUUCAGGCUGCUAAGGGUUGUAUGAAAAUUUCAAGUUUUUUUACUAAACAAAACAAUGGAAAAGUAAUUUGCCCGACUCAAUCACGCAACGUCGAAUUUAUCGAAGUUCUCGACAGCGAGGAUGAAUGCCUGGGUGCUGAACCUCACUCAAAGAAGAGAAAAUUUGAGACAACCCAGGCCCCAGGGAGAUCACUCUCAAAACAAACACUUGGCAGCCCCCAACCGUCGACUAGCGGCGUAACCCCUAAUAAAAUAAAAUCAUCCAUUUUAAUAGACGAUAUAGAUUGUUAUCCAAAACCGUCAACAAAUGAGAUUCUUGCUUUAACACCGACUAAAACUCAAGCAUUGCUGGCGGUUAAAAGCGUUGAGAAACUACUCUCUCAGAGGGCAUUAAAAGAAUACAACUCGCCCGAAAAAGUAAACGAGAGACUAAAUGAUCAAGUGAGUCCCAGGCAAUUUGAAAAAAUAUCCACCACUCCCACUCAAAACUCUUCAAGCAACUCUCCGCGCAGCAUUGAGAAGACGUCCGGCAAGAAGAAGACGCCCAAAAAGUUGUUUGAGAGGUCACCCAGCAACUUGAAUGAAUUCAAUGUAGAGAUUAUUAAAAACUUUGUUAAAGUCACCCCCAGCAAAAGCAAUGCAGGGGACAUAAACGAAAGCUGCAGCGAGGUAGAAAGGCAGAAGCAAAAUGAAAUGACACCCGUUAGGAAUAUACUUAAAAAUAAACAGGUGUUCAAUUCGCCCGUCUCCAAAGUUAAAGGCAAAUUGAAUUUUUCAGAUUGCUUCUCUCCAAAGGGUGGUCAAAGUCGUGUAAACACACCGCAGAAAGCCGCGCAUUCCCAAAGGAAUAAGACUACAGAAAAAGAGAAUGUUGACUGUAACAAUAUGGAUGGUGACUUUAAUGAUGACAGCUGGGAUGCACAAGUGUUCGAACAGACAGAUUACUCGCUAGAUCUUACCCAGUCGCAGCAUUGCAAAAUCGUCGGCGUUACUCAGAAUAAGUUGGAAACCAUACUCACCCUUAAAUCCACCAAGAAGAAUGAGCAAGCUAUAUGCACCCUUAAGGGAUUUUGGAUCCACUCCAAACUUUGCAUUGGAGAUACGGUUCAUGCGAUGGCCAAAAAAAUUGGCGAGAGCGACUGGUUGAUAGACAAUCAAAAUGGCCUCUUAGUUUAUGAACCAGACCUCUUAAUUUCCACAACAUCCAUCACUGGGUCCGUUUAUUGCAAGAGAAAGUGCGUUUUCAAUGAGAAAUUCCGCGGCUUCGACCCUACCAACAAAUACAUGCUCAUAGGGAGCCUGGUCCACGAGCUGAUGCAAGAUGUCUUAAAAAAAGAUCUUCGUAAGCUCGACGAUAUCCAUAAAUGCGCGCGAACCUUGUUAAACGCAAAAGACACGAUAGCGCGCAUCUACGAAAGCGAGGUCACCACCCAAUUCGUCGAACAAGAACUCCUGCUGUACUGCGAGAAAAUAAGAGAUUUCGUUGCCACCUACAUGCAAAACGGCAAACUAACUAUUAACCCGAAGCAGUAUAAAAAAAACGACUGGAAAGGCUCCAUUACCGGUAUCGACGACAUUGAGGAGAAUGUGUGGUGUCCCGACUUAGGGGUGAAAGGGAAAAUCGAUGUGAGCGUCAAAAGUGGUUUGGCCACGAUGCCUUUGGAGGUUAAGACUGGUAGGGCCACUGUGUCGCUAGAGCAUCGCGCCCAGGUCCUUCUCUACAUCAUGAUGAUGACCAAGUUGGGCUACAACGUACCAUCCGGCUUAUUAUUGUAUAUUAAGGAAGGCGUUUUGAAAGAAAUAGCGAUGACAGCCACGGAACGAAGGGAUAUUAUGAUCAUGCGCAACGAACUGGCGUACUAUUUGAGUAGAGAGCCGAGAGUGGUGAAAAAUUCCGAUGGUAAAGGUGUGGAAAUUUGUGAAUUGCCGGAACCCAUCAAUCACCCCAGCUGUGCCAAGUGCCCAUACAACGUCGUGUGCGCCUCGCAUUCCAGAUAUUCCAACGAAGAUAUUUCCAGCAAAGAGGCGCUGAACAUGGUCCACCUGCAGGUAAAAAACCAUUUAACCGAGAGCCACGUCGCAUAUUUCAUGCGUUGGAGCUCGAUGGUGUCGCUGGAGAUGAACCAGGGAAAGGACAAGAAGAAGCUAAGGGAUAUUUACACGGUACCUCCCGAGCGAAGAAGGGACAAAGGCAAGUGCCUGAUCAACUUAAAAAUCGCGAAAGUUUCGCCGGAAUGCAACUCGAUGUGGGAGCACACGUUCCAAAGUCGCGACGACGCGGAAAAAGGGAACUUUUUCAUUAGCGGGUUGACAGAAAAUAAUUACGUGGUGAUCAGCGUCGAGACUAGACCGGCCGUCGCUUCGGGCUACGUGACGUGCAUCACUUCGUCUUCAAUUACCGUUUGCUUAGACAGAGAUUUAAACAAAAAAUACCGCGAUAGUACGAUUUUCUUGGACACUUACGAAUCGUCCGUUUUCCAAACCUACAACUUGGCGAGCUUGUGUCUCUUACUGGAAAUGACCGAUCGAGCAGACCAACUGAGGAGAAUCGUUAUCGAUCGAGAACCGCCCACGUUUCACAGCAAACUGCCCAGAGUGAUCGCGGAAAAAGGCAAACCCAUACUGAAAAGACUCAACCAAGUGCAACAGAGGGCGGUCUUGAAGGCCAUAGCUGCCAAGGACUACCUGCUGAUCAAAGGAAUGCCCGGGACCGGAAAAACGUCGACGAUAGUAGCGCUGAUCCAGCUCCUGGUGGAAAUGAACAAAACUAUAUUAAUAACGAGCCACACCCACUCUGCGGUCGACAACGUGUGCAUCAAGCUCGUCAAACUCGGGAUUAAUUUAAUGAGGUUGGGUAGGGAGUCGAAAGUGCACCGCAGUGUGAGGCACUACACGGAAUCGUACCUGACCAAAGACUGCAAAAGUCCCGAGGAGCUCGACUUGGUUUACAACAGUGCCCAAAUUCUAGCUGUCACGUGUUUCGCGUCCGGACAUCCGGCUCUGUCCAAACGAACGCUCGAUAUAUGCAUCGUGGACGAGAGCACUCAGGUGUUGCAGUGUUCCGUGAUCAGACCGCUUUCAGCGGCGAAAACCUUCAUACUGAUCGGCGAUCCCGAUCAGUUGCCGGCCGUGGUGAAGAAUAAAGACGCCAUUGACCUCGGAAUGACGGAGAGCUUGUUUGAAAGACUGAAUAACGACGAGUCUCGAAUUACGUUGAAUCUGAACUACCGGAUGAACGAAACCAUAACGGAGCUGGCGAACGCAUUGACGUAUAACGGGGAGCUUUGCGUCGGCGCGGAACACGUUGCCAAGGCAACGCUGAAGAUACCCAAACCCGAGGUCCUUCGUAGGGACUACGGAGAAGCGAAAUGGUUGUCAGCGACGUUGGACGGCUCCCUAGAGAACGCCGUGCAAUUUUUAGACACUGGCCCCGUGUUUGAUUUGAAUGAGAAGGUGGAUUGGGCCAGGGGCGGCGAUGAUUCGGCCAACAUAUACGAGGCGGCGCUAGUUUACCGCUUGGUGCGCGCGCUGCUAGAUUCGGGCGUGAUCGACGACCAGAUCGGAGUAAUCGCGACUUAUCGCGCCCAGGUCGCUCAAAUUUUCGAUAUCCUCGGCGAUACCCGGGUCGAUAUCAACACGGUCGACCAAUUUCAGGGCAAGGACAAAAACGUGGUGAUAUAUUCGUGUUCGAAAUCGCGCGAUAUGAGUAAAGAGUGGACGAGGAACAAGUACGAGCUGCUCGAGGACAAACGCAGACUGAACGUGGCCGUGACACGUGCCAAACACAAGCUCGUUAUUGUGGGAGACUACGCCACCUUGCGGCACUACACGACCUUCGAGAAGAUCGCGCCCCAUCUCGAAAGGAACUUGGUUAGGGUGACGGAGCAGCAGCCCUUCGCAUGGGCCGCGACCUUGGACUUGUCACGGUGAUAAUUCAAGUUGCGAUUGUCGUUUUUUCAUUUAAUUAUACUCUUUUUUUUUGCUUUAAUAAAUACUUUACAUUCUGGGAUUUUUGAAUAGGUCUGUCAUCAUUUUUUUUCUAAAUGAAAAAUAAUAGAUUUAUAAACCCCUACAAAGUUUAAAAAUAUAAUUUUAUCUAGACAUUGCCGCAGAAUAUAUAAAUAAAGAGGGGGCUUUGUUUUUUAGCUCCAACAAGUAAUGAAAAAUUAUUUAGAAUACAAAUUUAGCAAAGUAUAUUUG